AAUCCUCUAGGAUAAUUUUACAUUGUAUAUUAGUUACCUCUUAAGUAAAUUUAAUAAUUCUUAUGUAAAACAAGGACAAUAUUUAUAUAAACGGAGGUGGAAUUUACAAGCAAGAUGGCCAAGGAAAUGAUGAUAGUGUUUGUGUACGACACACAAUGCUGCGUUGCUGAGGAGGAUGACCCCAUCAACGCUGUUCUGUACUUCCACCCCGGUUGGGUGUCCGACACGCAGCGGCAUGCCUUAGCCGGACAGGUGGUCGGCGCCGCGCACUGCGUCAAGUCGCUGUUCUCUCAGCCCACCGCCAUCACUCUUCAGAGCGGCAAGUUCAUCAUCAGGGAGUACGGCAGAUACAUUCUGGCCAUAGGCAGCGACCGCAACAUUCCCGACUGGGUGCUCAAAAACCGAGCCUCCCUCCUCACAUCCAUGAUCAAAGUGUACCACGGGGACCUGCAAGCUUUAGCUGUUCAGAUGGAGGACCAGAAGCGGCUGUCGGAGAAGCUGUACCAGAUCUUCGAGACGUACUUACCUGUGCUGCAAUAUGGAUGUCACAUUUUUCAACGAGUGCCAAUGCUUAAUCUACCAAAGAGUGCCACAGGUGUAUAUCUAGAAUCCAUGCAGAUCCUGGAGCAGUGUCGUCGCAACCGCGGCGUGUUGGGUGGCGUCGUGCUAUACAAUAACAAAAUCGUCGCAACACUGCUACCACCAAGCCUCACGUCCUACCUGACCGUAGUGGACCCGUACCGGAUAAAGUCUCCCGCAGAAACACUUGAAACAGAAACACCUUUACCGCUAGGCGCUCAGCUAUUGGUCGUUUACGUUGCUAAGAAGAUGUAUAACAGCCUUAAGAAACAAGCGGAGAAGAUGCAGGAAUUCAGCCACAAUGGAGAGGAGAUGAUUGCCAGGUUUAAGAAGAACCAAGAAGCCGAACGAGACAAGCGCGACUUCCCGACAGGGAUGAAGCGAGACAAAUCCCUCCUGUUCACCGCCGUGCCAGAAGAGGACCACACGAUGAUCUCGCCUCCCACCCGCGACCCGCACGACCCCCCGCCCCCCGCCAUGCCCGACGUCGUCCCCUUCACCAACAAACCCAGACCAAGACCAAAUAAGUUGUCUCUAAGCUUCAAAACACAAAUAUCAGUCGACGAGGAAUCAAAGGAAAAUGAAAAAGUAUUCACAGGACAAACUAGUGUCUGCUCCACACCCAUGCUAGAAUAUAAAAGACUUCACGGAAACAUGCUCUCCAUUUGCCAAAAUCCCGACCCGCAGAAAGAAAUACUAGAAUCAGAACCCGACGUCUUAAAGAACAUAGAAAAUUGUGCCAAAGUCAUUGAGAACGAAAAGCGGGACAACAAAAUAGUCUUAGACAUCAACUGCAUCGCUGAUCAUUAUAUUAACAAACCUGAACCUAUUCGGAAAAUGGCGAGCGUUAUAGACAUACAGGAAACCUUUAAAAACGUAACUAACAGAGCCACAGCGAAAUUCAAGUUAAAAAGAUCACAUGUCCCUUUAAGUGACGAUAUGUCGCCUGAACAAAUGCAGAAGAGCGUCAGUACAAUGACAAUUAACGAUCCCUCCUUUCCUGUAUUCAGAAAUGAUGGGAUCGAAAUAUCAGAAUCCCUAUUCAACCAGUACCUAGAACAGCACUACGCUAGCAUGAAGCAAGAUUUAUCCAAAGAGGACAACAUGUUCACUUUUAACAUGAAACUAUGCGAGCAGGAGAAAUUCGAGGGCUUCGACUCGGAGUUAACGAAAUCGCCUCAACGGACACCAAAGAAAAUCCCCAAAGAUUCUAAAACCGUCGAUCAGUCCAGGCGAAAAUCGCUGUCAUUACCUUUAAAGUCUUUAUCAGAGAGCUCAGAUUCGCAGAUCGGUUCGGAUUCGUCGGCUAGCUUUAAGAAGAAACUAAGUGGCGUGCAAUUAACGCCACUGAUGGAGAAGUUAAGUCAUCUGGCAUUUUCGGACAAGUCGAGCGGGUAUAGCAGUCGAGUUAUGACGCCGCUCGAGCUUAGAGAGUUUACUCCGGCGGCUGAACGACAAAUAACCUUCAAUGACAGACCAAAAACCCAACGCCAAGACUCAGAAUCGGACUACGAUUCCGACUCGGAUUUAGAGCAGCUACCUUCCUACACGCAACACGCCGUGAAAUGCGGGUUAUUCGUGAGCGGCCUCCACAACAUGGCGCUACUAGCGCUCGUAGACGUCAGCGCGGCUGGCGACAGCGACGUCAUCAACUCCUUGUGGGAAACCUCUCUAAACGCGCUAGGCCCCAUCGAGCAAAAAUGCAUGGAGCCCCUCGGCGCAGGCGCGGACGACGCGAGCGACUACAGCUAUCUCAUUCUAGACCCCGAUUGGGGCACUGUCCGUAAAGGCGGACCUUGGGCCGCGCUUGAUAUAGCUACCAUGGGGCUGAUACAUCAUGAGUUUGCUAGCGAUUCAGACAUGUCGGAGAUGAUUCUAAGGAGCGACGAGAGCUGCGUGGUGGGCGUGUCGAUGGGCGGCGCGCAGAUCUACUACCAGGAGAGCGGCGCGCGCGGCGCCGGCCCGCCCGCGCCCUCCGACCCCCUCGCCGCCGCCGCCCUGCGCGCGCGCCGCCGCCUGCACCGCGACCACGCCGCCACCAUCAUAUAACACCUGAGCUCAUCAAUACUAACUACUAGAGACGCCCCGAAUAGUGCUUUCGACCGAAUACCGAACAGUUGCCGAAUAUUCGUGGCAUCUCUAUUAAGAACCAUUCCUCAAGUUAUAAUUUAAAUCAACCAGUUAGAUUUUUUUUUAUUAGAAUCUACCAAGUACAGGUGUAUGCUUGUGUGAAAUGACAUGGAACCUGGAAUAUCAUGGCGCCUUUGUUCAGUAGGUAUAAAUAAAUAAAGUAGGUACCUAUCUUUAAAACUCACCUAAUUCCUGGUAAUGACUCAUUUACUAUUGAAUAGGUAUGUAGAACGGUGUAAGUAUUCCAAUUUUUAUCCCGCCGGGCACAGAUGGAACAAGGUGUUUCUUAAAACACAUUUCCAUUUUUCCCCACUCAAUGUGUAGCAGCAAUCACAUAAGACGGGGACAGAUGGAAAUACAUCCGUAGAACGCGUAUUGUUUCGUUAUUUUAGUGUAAGCUUGUGACGCAGUCAAUCUUUGAUACCGUCUAGAAUAGUUAAGAUGUGUAGUUGGAAUCUUAUUCCUUAUUUUAUAAUCUUAUUAUUAUGUAGAAUUCACUAUUUAUACAAGAUAUUACAAAAUCAUAAAGUAACUUGAUUUUACGACAUCAUGUAGAUGCUUACCACAGAUUGUGCUUAGCACUCGUCCAGUCACGCCAAAAUACUUUACUUUUUACCUAAAAAGGGUUUCAACCUUGCCAUAAAUUUUUAAUUAUACAAAAACGUAUUUGCUAGUUUAUUUAUUAGCUAUUGUAUUCCAGAUAUAUUAGAUAUAUAAGUAUGUUUUCAUUGUUAUUAGCAAAGAGAAUUUAGAUUAGAGAAAUAUUAUCAAAGUAAAUUAUGUUGUCAGUACAUUUUAAAAAAUUUAAUAAGUUGUGUCAAAAGAUGGCAGUAAAUUUACUGACUACAUAAUUUAGUUUAAGAAUAUUCCUCUGUUUCAAAUUCUCUGUUAUUAGGAACUGAAAACUUUCAAUGCCGUGCUUCCCAAUUCCCAACUCUAGGACUGCUUCGGGUUAUGGAAAGUAGUUUUCUAUUAUAGUGGGUGGUUGUGGGAUUAAGAUUAGAUGAAAAAUUUCCCUUGAUCCCAUUUAUUUUUUGACUAAAGUACUUUUUUACUUUGCCAUUUGCAACUGUUUUAUCUCAUUUUGCAGAAUUUAUGACCAGUACAAGAUUUGUAUACAGGUGUCUACAUAUCAUUCUCAUCCCACAUACUCAUGGGUUUUCUAACUAAAUCUUUUAUGUAAUUAUGUAUAUACCGACCGUAUACAUAACAGAGCAAAAAGUGGUAGACGUGAAAAGUAUAAUCUGUACUUACUUUAAGGAAAGGCAGCUGCUUCCAGUGUUUGAAGACUGGAUGUUUCACGGACCUUUUCAAAUAGCAGUAGUCUAUUUAUACCAUGACUUUGAAACAAAACAUCAUUCGACAAAUUUAAUGUAAUAGGUCCCAAAUGUCCCAAUGAAUCACCAGACGGACUUGACACGUGGCGAUUCAGUAAGUUUACCUUUUCAGGCUUUCAUUCUGUAAGAAUUAUUAAGCAGAAAAAAAACUACACUACCUCUGCUUGCUUCAUUUUGUAUCCACGAACUGGCAAUAGUCACGAAUUGUAUUCUUUAGCUCAUCGUAUUCUUGCCAUUAGAUAUAAGUUUCUGGCCAAGUAGGAUAAUGGUAUCUAUGCGCGCUCAAUCUUGCCAUCCAAUCAGAGUAUUGUAAGCAGUUUUAUUUAUACUUUGGAUCCCAUGUUUGUUAUUCAGUAUUAUUUGACAUUCCAAGUUAUAAUGUUAUUAUUUUGACAUAUUUCACGUUGCCACGAGAUAUCCUCAUAAUGAAUUACGACGGACGAUAAUGUACUAUUACCUCUUCAAAAACAUUGACAGCCAAUACGGUUUUCAAUUGGUGCCGUGACCACGAUAACUCCAGGAAUCUUAAUAUUAUGGCGUUACCAUAUUAUUAUUCUUACAUGAUGUGAUCAUCAUUUUUUUCCCUAUAGUCAUGCAAGGAGUACGCCGUUCAAGGCAACCCGGAAACUGUAAUUAUAUGUCCGGUAAUAUGGGUUAAGGUUCAAGAGUCUCGCGGCAACAUGAAAUAAACUAUUUUACCUAGUUUUAAGAAAUGUACAAAAUGUUCCGCGUCCAAAGCUAGUUUUUUUGCAUAACUAUUUCUCGUAUGUUAAUGCUAUUAUUUACAGCCAAAAUGAGUGCUUAUUUAUACAAAACAUACAUUUUUGUGCAAUUUACGAUAGUCUAAUCAACGAAUUACAUGAAACAAUUUACUUACAAGGGAUUAUGGGUCCCAUAUAUCUAGCUUUCUAUGAUUCCAUAAAUUUGUCCUACCUUUAUUCGAUUGGACUGUUAUUUUAAUUGUUUUUUAAUAAUUUUAUAUUUUUACAUGAUUUGGAAGGACAUUAGAAAAGUUGCCAUUGUAAGGAGUGCCAAUGUGACACAUGUAAUAUUUAUUUAUAAUAGUUAUACAUAGAUAUUGUUAAGAAUUUUAAUAAAAACCCAAUAGAUAA